UGCUGGGGAGCAGAGCCGCCUGUCAGCCGCACAGUAAGACCUCUACGAGCCGAAGCGAUAUCGCUGCGCCGGUCUGCAAGCCCGCUGCCGCCACACAAUAGUGGGAGCGACGUGAACACGGGUUUUCGCAUUUCGGUCAAGCAAAAGCGGCUAUUUUAUUUUAUCUUUCACCUCUGUGGUGUAUUUAUUUCAUAACCGAUUUUAGGUCUUAAUAUUUUGCCGAGUAGCUUAUAUUUUUUUUGUUAAUUGUACAGACGGGAUGGAGUUCUGGAGGCAGUGCGCCUUGUGGCUCAUUGACUGCAAGGUGCUGCCGCCGAACCACCGGGUUACAUGGGAGACAGCGCAGGUUUUCGACCUAGCGCAGACGCUCCGCGAUGGAGUCCUGCUGUGCCAACUCCUCAACAACCUGAAAGCCCACUCCAUCAACCUAAAGGAGAUCAAUCUGAGACCGCAGAUGUCACAGUUCCUCUGUUUGAAGAACAUCAGAACAUUCUUGUCUGCCUGCUGCGAAAUAUUCUCCAUGAAGAAGAGCGAGCUCUUCGAAGCCUUUGACCUGUUCGAUGUGCGGGAUUUUGGAAAGGUUAUGGACACACUGUCAAAACUGUCGCACUCAGCAGUUGCACAGCAGACUGGAAUCAGGCCUUUCCCAACAGAGGAGGGUUUAGAGGACGAAGAUGAGUACAGUCACCUGGGCGAUAUGAUGGACGAGAACGGCGUGGAGGACGAGGAGGAGCUGUACGACUGCGUGUACAGCGAGGACGAAGCGGGCGAGGUCUACGAGGACCUGAUGAAAGCGGAGGCGCUGCCCCCGACGAAACAAGCCGAGACCGACAUCAGGAGCUGCUGUCUAAUUGAGAUCAAGCAGACAGAAGAAAAGUACACUGACACUUUGGAGUCCAUCGAAAGAUACUUCAUGAUCCCUCUCAAGAAGUUUGUUACCGCAGUGGAGAUCGAGAAGGUGUUUAUCAACAUUCCGGACUUGGUCAAAGUGCACAAGAACCUUUUGAAGGACAUCCAAGACUCUAUCCUCAACAAGAACGCACAGAACCUUCACCAGAUCUUCGUCAGCUACAAAGAGAAACUCCUCAUUUACGGUGUGUACUGCAGCCAAGUAGAGACGGCCAUCGCCAUUCUGGAUUGUAUCUGCAAAGAGAAGGAGGAUGUACGACUGAAGCUGGAGGAAUGUUCAAAGAGGGCAAACAACGGAAAGUUCACACUAAGAGACCUCCUCGUCGUCCCCAUGCAGCGAGUGCUGAAAUACCAUCUGCUUUUACAGGAGCUGGUGAAGCACACGCCUGACACGACCAACAAGAACAAUCUGCGGUUGGCCCUCGACGCCAUGAAGGACCUGGCACAGUAUGUCAACGAGGUGAAAAGGGACAAUGAGACCUUGAGAGAGAUCGACCAGUAUCAGAACUCUAUAGAGAACCUGAAUCAACCCCUGAGGAAUUUCGGACGACCCAAAGGUGAUGGGGAGGUGCGGGUGGCCACAGUCGACAAACGCGCAAAGCAGGACAGGCAUAUCUUUCUGUUCGACGUCGCGGUGAUCAUCUGCAAGAGGCGGGGUGACAACUACGAAAUGAAAGAGGUGAUCGACCUCAACCACUUCAAAAUUACCAACAACCCAACGACAGACAAGGAAAACAGGAAGUGGUCAUACGGCUUCUACCUCACGCACAACCAGGGUCAGACCGGCUUUGAGUUCUUCUUCAAAACCAAGGAGAUGAAGAAGAAGUGGCUGGAGCAGUUCGGCAUGGCCAUGUCCAACAUCCGGCCAGAGGACGCCACCAGUAACGCGCACGAUUUCCGGAUGCACACUUUUGAGAGAGCCACGUCCUGCAGCUCCUGUCAAAUGCUGCUCAGGGGGAUCUUCAACCAGGGAUACCUGUGUCCCAAAUGUGGGGCAGGGGCCCACAAAGAGUGCCUGGGGAGGCUGGCUGGCUGCGGAAAGAGGGGCCAAGAUUUCGGAUCCCAUAAAGUCCAGAGGGGGACCGGUAGACGAUCCGGAGACCCGGGUUUGCCAAAGAUGCUUGUUACCCAUGAGUACCACGGCGUCCCAAGUCCCUUGUGCGGCCCUCCGUUAAACAUCCAGAUCGGCGACAUCGUGGAGCUUCUCUGUGCUGAUAUUCACAGCUCCUGGUGGCAGGGUAAGAUACUGAGGACGGGAGAAAGUGGCUUUUUCCCAAGUAAGAACGUGAAGCCUUGUCCAUGCGUCCCAAAACCGGUUGAUUACUCUGCACAGCUCUGGUUUGCAGGGGCGAUGGAGAGACCCCAGGCUGAGGCAGAACUGAUUGACAGGGGAAACAGCACGUACCUCGUGAGACAUAGGAGCAAGGAGCAAAACGAGUAUGCUAUAAGCAUCAAAUACAACAAUGAUGUGAAGCACAUCAAGAUCCUGAACAAGGACGGCUCGUUCUGCAUCACGGAGAACAAGAAGUUCAAAAGCAUAUUAGAGCUCAUCGAGUACUACAAGCAUCAAUCCCUGAAGGAAGGCUUCCGGAGCCUCGACACCACGCUUCAGUUUCCAUACCGGGAGCCGGAGAAUAACAUGAAGCUCGGAAGCCAGCGGCCCGGGAGCCGUGUGCUGAAUCCAAGGGUGAUGGGCAUAGCCAUCGCCAGAUAUGACUACAGCGCCAGGGAUAUGCGGGAGCUGUCGCUGAUGGAAGGUGACGUGGUGAAGAUCUACAACAAGUUGGGCGCCAAUGGCUGGUGGAAGGGCGAGGUGAACAGCAGGAUUGGCUGGUUUCCAUCCACCUACGUGGAGGAGGAGUGACCAGGCUUGAUGGGAUGGGAACGGAUUUGGGACAGGGUGCUGAACACAUUACCUACCAUGCCUCUGAGAAGAAGAGUAGCUGCAGGCAGUAAGGCCCUGCCCAAAAGCUCCACCAAUGACUGCCUUCUGCCAGUCCGAUGCAUGCUGGGAAUGUUUGGAUGGCAUACUCAGCUGCUUGGAGGCCCAUAGUUCAGCAUGGGUUCUUCCAGUUCCAGUGGAACUUCGAUGCCUGUCCCCUGGAGAGACUACCGUAUCCGAAUCCCUUCCUUCCCACUCUCAGUGACACCUCCUCCCCACCCCCUCCCUCCCCAACAGACACGACUCUGAUUGUGAGGCGAGAGAGAGAGAGAGAAGGCUUAGACUGUUACAGCCCAUUUCACCUCAAAAACAAAACAAAGUUUUCACAAGCACUUGGCCACAGGACAAUUUUGUCUUAUUUAUUUUGAAUGAACAAGUAGGAAGAAAAAGGACACGACACUCAAAUCAUCCAGUUAUAAAAAAGGGUAAAGAACAUAGAGAUGGUCAUGCUCUAUAUCAGGAUGAGCAAUAUUGAGAACUUGACAGUAGCAUCAUCUAUAAUCGGUCAGUUAACUACAGGAUACAGAAGACAGCACUUAUGUUGUUCAUUAUAAUGUUUUUUUUAUUGGAUAUUGAUUGUAUACAGGUAGGUCUAUUCAUCAACCAAAAGUAAAAAUAAUAAUAAAUGGCCACUGGUUGAUGUAAUCCAAGAGGCAUAUUUUAAAAUGUUAAAAGCAACCAGAAUUGCUGCAAACUGCUUGAAAUGCCCCUUGUCAUCAAAUGAUUAGGCUAGUUUUACAAAGCAAACGAAUCGUUUUAUUCUUAUUCGAAAUAACCGAUGACGUGUAAUAACUUACUUCCUAUUGGUCGUCAGUUUUUAACACAUCUGAAAACUGCAGAAAUUGUCGGCGUCACCGAAUAAGAGAAUGACAGGUCACAGCAAUGCGACAUCGUCAGACUUGAUAUGCAAGCCUUCGUAGAAAUACGCUCGUCCGAUUCUGAACGUGUAGAUUUUUUUGUGCAAAGAAAAACGGACUUGGUUUGAAACAGCCUUUACUCCGCUCACUACCUCUGUGCCCAACCUACCCAUGCACCCUACUUAUCUCACUUCUGACUGAUGACUGUGCUGCCCCCCCCAGCUCAGGGGGCUAGUGGGUUGUGGCUUCUUUCCAGGCCCAUCCCCCUACUUCAGGUAAGACCCUCCACCAGGGAAACCGCUGGUAGGUUAAACCCCGGGUGGGAGUUUGAGAUCCAAUAUAAGACGACGACUGUCAAUUGCGUGUCUCUCCCUCGGUAAACUGAGAUGAUUUUCUGUCGCGUGCCCAUCUGCGAUCACUCUAAAAACACUUUGCUAGUCGUCUCAAUCUGCUUCCCUGAUUGGCACAGGGUGUCAGAGAUGUGGGUGGCUGUAACGCUUAGCGAGCUGUUGACACAGAACGAAACAGGCGCUGCACUGACAUCCUCGUACGGCGGCGGUGUGGUUUUCUAACGUCGCCGUUUGCAGGGCACAGUGCCUGGAGCAUAGAAAUAAUUAGGGCUUUCUGUUUGAGAGGAAUCCCAUUUGAGGUCAUAGCAGUCUCCCCCUUAUCCCAUAAAGAGCAGGAUUAUGUUGCAAAAUGCUUGUUGUAGAUGGAAUAUUUACAGAUUAUCUCAGUUAAACGAGCCAAGCGGAUUAAAUGUACUAGAUUUAAAAAGCACCAAAAAAACAAGACAUUGUUUACAGUGAAAUAUGCAUUUAAUGUUGUUCUUAUCCUUUUACUGUGUACAAGUAGAGAGUGUUGGUUUUGUUUCUUCAAACUGUUGUUUUUUUUUGUUGACAACUUUGUACCACUGAUGCAGGAAUUUAACUUGUACUGUCACUCAUGUGAUUAAUCCAAAAACCGUACAGGACUCCCAGCUACUGAAUUUUACUGAGAACUACACAUGAGACGUAAAUGGGGUCCUGAGGCACUUUGAAACAUAUGUGAUGAUACCUGUUUUACUUUGAUAUUUGUGUUUUUAUGCAUAAUGUGACAGAUGUACAUACCCUGUACAUAGUCCUAGUUCUUUUUUUUACGUUGAAUAAAUGUUUUGAUGAAUUAUUAA